CGGGGCUCAGCCGCCGCCCCCCGCUCCCGGCGCGACGCCCCCGCCGCGCUGCCCCAGCCAUGAAGGCGGCGGUGGAUCUGACCAUCAUCAAGACGGAGAAGGUGGACAUCGAGCUCUUCCCGUCCCCCGACAUGGAAUGUGCAGAUGUGCCUUUAUUAACUCCCAGCAGCAAGGAAAUGAUGUCCCAGGCACUGAAAGCCACGUUCAGUGGCUUUGCCAAGGAGCAGCAGCGGCUGGGAAUUCCCAAAGAUCCCCAGCAGUGGACGGAGACGCACGUGCGGGACUGGGUGAUGUGGGCGGUCAACGAGUUCAGCCUCAAGGAGGUGGAUUUCCAGAAGUUCUGCAUGAAUGGAGCUGCCCUCUGUGCCCUGGGCAAGGAGUGCUUCCUGGAGCUGGCCCCUGACUUUGUGGGAGACAUCCUUUGGGAGCACCUGGAGAUCCUGCAGAAAGAAGAGGUAAAACCAUACCCAGCAAACGGAGCCAGCACGACGUAUCCCGAAUCCCGCUACACCUCCGACUACUUCGUCAGUUAUGGCAUUGAACAUGCCCAGUGUGUGCCUCCCUCCGAGUUCUCCGAGCCCAGCUUCAUCACAGAAUCCUACCAGACCCUGCACCCCAUCAGCUCCGAGGAGCUGCUGUCCCUCAAGUACGAGAGCGACUACCCCUCGGUCAUCCUGCGGGACCCGCUGCCCACGGACCCCCUGCAGACAGACUAUUUCACCAUCAAGCAGGAGGUGGUGACACCUGACAACAUGUGCAUGGGACGUGCCAGCAGAGGCAAGCUGGGAGGCCAGGACUCCUUCGAGAGCAUCGAGAGCUACGACAGCUGUGACCGGCUGACGCAGUCCUGGAGCAGCCAGUCCUCGUUCCAGAGCCUGCAGCGCGUCCCGUCCUACGACAGCUUCGACUCCGAGGACUAUCCCGCCACCCUGCCCAGCCACAAGCCCAAGGGCACCUUCAAGGACUAUGUUCGGGAUCGGGCCGACAUGAACAAGGACAAGCCUGUCAUUCCUGCUGCUGCCCUGGCUGGAUACACAGGCAGUGGACCCAUCCAACUGUGGCAAUUCCUGCUGGAACUGCUCACUGACAAGUCCUGUCAGUCCUUCAUCAGCUGGACGGGCGAUGGCUGGGAAUUCAAACUUUCCGACCCAGAUGAGGUGGCCAGGAGGUGGGGCAAGAGGAAAAACAAGCCCAAGAUGAACUACGAGAAGCUGAGCCGGGGGCUGCGCUAUUACUACGACAAGAACAUCAUC